AUGAAUGAAUUUGGUAUCUCCACAAAAAUAAUUGGCUGGAAAACUGUUGAUGGAAAGGUUGUAUAUAGGAUUUCAGUUUGCGGCCAGAACAGUAAAUAUGAGAUUCAAAAGCGAUUUAGCGAAUUUGUAUUACUCCAAAGCUUACUGAUUGAAAGGGGACUAGGUUUACUCCCCUCUCUUCCUCCUAAAACAUUAUUUACAAAGAAUCAAGAUAUGAACUUUAUCAAUGGGCGGAUGAAAGGGCUACAAUCAUAUCUCUCAAGCUUAAUUUUAAGGCACGAUGUAUUGCUUUCUCCCUUAUUUAUGAAUUUUUUGGAGCUUCCGACUUCUGAAAGCAAACCUUUAUUUAUGAAAAAACUUGUGAAUAUUCAAGCAUUGGCAGAUAUUGCAUCAAUCAGACAAUCAGUUAGUGGAGUAUUUAUUAGUGAUUCAGAUUUAAUAUCUGCACCAUUAUUGUUUGUUUCACACCAAGAGAAUUCUUCUCUUUCAAGAUUGGGUAAAGUUUGGAGUAUAAUAGAUUCAGAAGAAACUGGUUUUAUUUUUGUGUGGUGUCUGCAGCCCUACUCCUCAAAAAGUAUUUCUUAUCCUUCAAUAAGUAUAGAUCACGAUACAAUUACUAACGCUUUUCACAAUUUGUCUAACUCUGAAACAAUUGAUUCUUCGAAAUUUGGUUGCUUAGUAUACUCUGGUUUUCCGCACAAAUGUAAGAAUAUCGUGUCUAUUACAAAAAAAGAUACUAUUUGUAUUUUUUCAGAACUAGGUACCAUAGAUGUAUUUGAAGGUGUACUUUCUCAACUAAGAUCCAGAAUAGUCUCUGGAAACAAUAGUCCUCUUGUGUUAAAUGAAUGCAUUAAGCCAACCAAAAUACAGCUUCAUGGUUCUCCUAUUGCUUUUGUUUACUCGCCAUUUUUAAUUGAUAACAAUAUUAAGCACAAAUACACACUUUCAGUUGGAAUAGACAAUAGUAUCCGUCUAUUUUGUUUUGAACAGAUGAAAAUUAUUUCUGGUGGGAACUUGAAUAAACGCAUAAAUGGUUCCAGAAUAACUUCAUGUUAUUUAGAAAAUGAAUUUGGGAAAUUGGGCUUUUUUGGUUCAUCAUCGGGCCAGCUACUAGUAUUAGAUAUGACUAGUCAGCCACCAUACCUAAUUACAAAUAUAAACCCCCAAAUCGAUUGCAAAUAUCCUAUUACGUCGAUUAUAGCAAGUAAAAAGCUCCUAAUAGUUGCUUACACAAAUGUUAUCAAGAUUUUUGGGAUGGAAGUAAACCCUAAACAUGUUGCUUGUAUAAUUAGUGAUAAUCAGCCUAUAAGGAGUAUUGAUACAAAUUUCUUUUCAGAUAUGGAUAUUGGUACAAUUAGCUCACUUUAUAUUUAUGAAGAUGAAUAUCUAUUUGUUGGUGGUACUGACGUUCUUUCAUUAUUUAAGCUUAACAUUAAUGAAAAAUUGACUCCUCCAGUUUUGCUAUUUUCAUAUGCAGUUCACGCAGGUAAAAUCAACUAUAUAUCAAUUAUCCCAGACGACAUAUUAAAAAUUGGUCAAUUUUCUAAUCAAAACAUAAAAUUAUUAACGGCCAGUGAAGAUGGAAGAGUUAUUUUUUGGAGGAUCUGUAAUUUACCUGAGAAUCAGACCUUUUAUUUUAAAGAAGAUAAAGAAGCGACAAGUGAACAAUAUUUUGAAGAGAAAAAAAUAGAAAGUGAAAAAAUUCAUUCUUUAGAGAAUCUGAGGUCUAUAGAAUUAAGCGAUAGUAGUGAUGAUGAUCUAAGUUCGGCAUUUAGAUAG